UAUGAAAGUAUUUAUAAUUAAAUAAGUAUAAGUGAAUGAAACUAGUGAUCUUCAGUGCUUUAUAAGGUAGUAUUAUAAAUAAAAAUAUGCACACGGGUCUACAUCGUUUUGAGUCGAAAGGUGAUCAGAAUUAGGAAACUUCAGAGAGGCACAGAAAUAGGAUUUAGAGCUGAAAAAUGGAAGAGGGUUUGUCAGGCUUUUGCAUAAAAGCAUCAAGUGUUCGUGGUACUAGUACAGGUACCACUAAUAAUACUAGUGCUGCUGGUACUAAGUGCGGUCGUUGGAACCCUACUACUGAACAAGUCAAAGUUCUGACUGAUCUGUUUAGGUCUGGACUCAGAACCCCUAGCACUGAUCAGAUUCAGAAGAUCUCUACUCAGCUCAGCUUUUAUGGUAAGAUUGAGAGUAAGAACGUCUUUUACUGGUUUCAGAACCAUAAAGCUAGGGAAAGACAGAAGCGUCGUAAGGUUUCUAUUGAUGAUCUUGAUCACCAUCACCAUCAUCUUCACAAGGAUUUCCUCAUUCUUCGAGAGGAAAUGAUUUCAUCAUCUCCAAAACGUUAUGCAGAAAUAUAUCAUCACCAUCACCAUUAUGAUAAUGUUUCGGAGCCCGAAAGAGUGAUUGAAACACUGCAGCUUUUUCCAAUAAAUCCAUUUGGGGAGUCAGAUUCAGAGAAGCUGAGAUAUGAAUGCAAAGAAACAGCAUCGUUUCCAUACACAUUUGAGACAGAGAUGAACCAUCCACCACUGGAUCUGUGCUUAAGUUUUUUCACAUCUUAAUUAGGCAAACUAAAGAAAAAUAAAUAAAGAAUUAACAACAAAAAAAAAUGGGGGGAUUGGAUAGAAAUUUAAAGUUGAAAGUUGUAACUGAAAAAAUUAGGGCUAGUAGCAGUAGUAAUAGUAGCUAGUGGUAGUAGAAGUAUUAAUAGAUUUUUAUUUAUUUUGUAAUAUGAUGAUAUUUAAAAUAUUGAAAUGGUUUUUGAGCGA